AAAAUAACGCGCACAACAAUUAAGGUAAAGGUAAGCGUUGCGCAUGUCCCUUAAAAUAUCCAUUCUAUCGCGCGCAUUUCGCUAUGAUCAGUUAUCAGAAUUCACCGGCAAAACAUUGAGAUAAAACAACAAAACAAACCGCUGUAAUAAUUGGGUUUUCUGGUGGAUAAUUUAGGAAAAAUGCCGUCUUGGACUUUGUGGAGGAAAUUUCCACGAGUCCCGUCCACACCUAAGUUAAACAAUGUGGUCACCUCGUCUGGAUCUAUGAUAGUUGUCUCCAAUAGACUUCCAUUCGUACUAAAGAAGAACAAGGAUGGUUCUAUGGUCAGAAAAUCAAGUGCCGGUGGGCUGGUAACAGCUGUCGCGCCUGUGGUAGUAAACGGAGGUGGUUUAUGGGUUGGCUGGCCUGGAAUCCAUCUGGAACAUCCCGACACACCAAUUCCAGAAUCUGAUCCGGAUGAUAUUACACCGACUGCUGGACUUAAAUCGGAAAAGGUAGUAGCAGUUCGGAUAGAUCCAGAGGUAUUUGAUAGUUACUACAACGGCUGUUGUAAUGCCACAUUUUGGCCCUUAUUCCACUCUAUGCCUGAUAGAGCAACAUUCCAGCAAGAGCACUGGCAAAAUUACAUAACAGCAAACAAAGAGUUCGCCCAGUGUACCAUGAAAGCUUUAAGAUCGUUGGAAAAAAGCUCUCAGCAACCACCUUUGAUAUGGGUGCAUGACUACCACCUUAUGUUGGCUGCUAAUUGGAUAAGACAAGCUGCUGACGAUGAAAAUAUACCGUGCAAAAUCGGUUUCUUCCUUCACAUACCAUUUCCGCCAUGGGAUAUCUUCAGGUUAUUCCCGUGGUCCGAUGAAAUCCUGCAAGGAAUGUUGGGUUGCGACAUGGUGGGAUUUCACAUAACCGACUAUUGCCUCAACUUUGUCGACUGCUGUCAAAGAAAUUUAGGUUGUCGUGUGGACCGAAAAAAUUUGCUUGUCGAACAUGGUGGCAGAGCUGUACGAGUUAGAGCCUUACCAAUCGGUAUACCUUUCGAUAGAUUCGUGGAACUCGCGGAAAAGGCACCGGUUGUUCUGAACACAAACCAAAAAAUCAUCCUGGGGGUCGAUAGACUCGACUACACCAAAGGCUUGGUUAACAGGCUGAGAGCGUUCGAGAAAUUAUUCGAAAAGCAUCCAGAACACAUCGGUAAAGUCUCGCUGCUGCAAAUCUCGGUACCAUCGAGAACCGACGUGAAGGAGUACCAAGAUCUCAAGGAAGAAAUGGACCAGCUGGUCGGCCGAAUCAACGGGCGGUUCACCACGCCGAACUGGUCGCCUAUACGCUACAUAUACGGUUGCGUCGGGCAAGACGAGCUGGCCGCUUUCUACAGAGACUCCGCCGUUGGUUUGGUUACACCGCUGCGCGACGGCAUGAACUUGGUGGCCAAGGAAUUCGUGGCCUGCCAGAUCAACGUACCGCCGGGUGUUUUAAUAGUCUCGCCCUUCGCUGGGGCGGGGGAAACGAUGCACGAAGCCUUGGUUUGCAACCCUUACGAGCUAGACGGCGUGGCGGAGGUUAUUCACAGAGCCUUAACGAUGCCAGAGGACGAAAGGAUUCUACGCAUGAACUAUCUGAGACGUCGCGAGAAGAUCUACGACGUCGACCACUGGACUAAAUCGUUCUUGACCGCCAUGGGGUCCCUAAAAACGCAGGAAGGUGACGAUUUAACCCCCAUAAGUAUGCCUGCUGUCACCUUGGACGACUUUGAUGAAUAUUUGGCCAAGUAUAUUGGUAACACUCACAAGUUAGCUUUAUUGUUGGAUUACGACGGUACUUUAGCUCCCAUUGCUCCCCAUCCAGACCUCGCCAUAAUACCGCCGGAAACUAAGAAUGUCUUACAGAGACUUUCCAACAUGUCGGACGUCUAUAUAUCCGUCGUAUCCGGUAGAAACGUCGAUAACGUUAAGGAAAUGGUUGGCAUAGAAGGUAUCACGUACGCUGGUAGUCAUGGUCUCGAAAUUCUGCAUCCGGACGGUACGAAAUUCGUCCAUCCGAUGCCGAUAGAGUUCCAGGAGAAAGCGGGCAAGCUGAUGCGGCAGCUGCAAGAAAAGGUUUGCAAGGACGGUGCUUGGGUUGAGAAUAAAGGUGCUCUCUUGACGUUCCAUUUUCGCGAAUCGCCAGUAAACAUGCGAAAGGAAUUGGAGGAUACUGCCAGGACUUUGAUCGAAGACGCCGGUUUUCAAGCCUGCCCCGCUUUAUACGCGUUGGAAGCGAAACCACCCGUUCAGUGGAACAAAGGUAGAGCCUCCAUUUACAUUCUCAGAACGGCCUUCGGUGUUGAUUGGAGCGAGAGGAUCAGGAUCAUAUAUGCUGGUGACGAUGAGACGGAUGAAGAUGCCAUGACAGCUCUUAAGGGUAUGGCGGCCACAUUUAGGGUAACAUCAUCCGACAUCACUAAAACAGUGGCGGAGCGUCGUUUGCCAUCCACAGACUCGGUCUUAACGCUUCUAAAAUGGGUCGAGAGACACUUAAGUCGUAGGAAACCGAGUUUAGAUCCUAACAAUUACAGGAGAAAUUCUUUGCGCCACGCGGCAGUCCAGAUGGAGAUGUACACCGUUACAAAAAACCAAACUAAAAACGCAUCGAUAAAAGAGUCCAUAAAUCCCUUAUAGUUCUUUUAGUUUUUAGUUUCUUGUAUAUACAGGGAUAGAUUUAAGCCAAACGACACAAGUGGACGAUUC